AUGCCUUACCGUGCCGAACUCAAACGUCCCGACUUAAAAGGCUCCUUCCCGUGCUCGAUUUGUCAAAAGGUCUUCUGCCACAGUUCCUCGCUGAGUCGUCAUCGAAUGCAAGCCCAUUUCAAAAGUUAUACAUGUACCACAUGCAACAAUGAGAUUCCAAGCAACGACACCCUGCGCAGCCACAUGUACCGUGUACACAACAUUACCAGAAUGUUUAUGUGCCGAUGUUGCAAUUGGGCUUUUCCCGACAAGACAAGUCUUCAUAUUCAUAUGCAAAGUAUGCUGAAAAAUGGGACACCGGGAGAAGCAGCGGUACUCGCCAAAAGCUCGGAUGCAGUGGAUAGUAGCUCGGAACAAGGAUCACCAAGAGGCUCACCAGUGUUUUCGGCGGAUCUUAUGAUGCAAAAGAGAAUGCUCCAAGCUGCAGCAAACAACAAUAACAUUGGAUCCAUUUUCCCGAAUCUGUUGAAAAGUCCCGAAUCUUCAAAAUCAGUUUUCCCACUGGAUCUAUCGAAUAUGGGUCCCUCUCAAUUCUUAUCAGCAUGGCUUGCAAACAAUCACCCUGUGAACAAUUCGACACUUAAUCUGGCAGCCCAACAAACUCCUUCCAAGGAUUCUCUCGAGUCUCCCAACAUGAGCGAUUAUGACGAGUUGGAAGUGCAAACCACUGAGGAAGAUCUCAAGUUUGAAGUGGAGAGCACCGACGUCAGUCCUCGAUCGGUCAUUGUAAAAACAGAACCGACCUGUAAAAGAAAACUGGAACACGAGGCUGAUAUUGAUGUGGAGGGUGACGACGGAGAACCACCACUAAAAAUGAAUAUCGAUGAGAAAGACAUUCAUAUCUCACAUGAUCAACCAUCCCCAACAGUUUCUGACUCGCACAUUUCCGGAGGGUCUUCGAGUCAUUCCGGAGAGAGCUCAAAGUGCUUCGAUUGUCAGGUCGCCCGGGGAAAGCUUGUAGCCGUCGAGGAUAAAUGUCGUGCUUACGAAAAAACCAUCAGAGAUUUGCAAAUCCAAAUCGACAUUUUCCGCAAAUUCCAAGCAGGUCCGAUGCCUCCGGUUAUGCUUCCCUCCCCAAUGAUGCCUAUCCCGCCUCCUGGAGCCAACAGUUUCCUCCAAAAUCCUGCGAUGAGAAUGUUGCUGAACAAUCUUGUCCAUAUGAAUCGCCCGCCAAUGAUCCCAUAA